UUUCACCGCAAUGAGGAUAUGAAGGCUAUUGAUGUGCUUCCCAUCCUCAAGGAGAAAGUUGCCUUUCUUUCAGGCGGCAGAGACAGACGUGGAGGUCCUGUACUCACUUUUCCAGCACGGAGCAACCAUGACAGAAUACGAUCCGAGGACUUGCGCAGGCUUAUAGCAUACCUGGCCACUAUUCCAAGUGAAGAGGUGGCCAGACAUGGCUUCACAGUCAUUGUGGACAUGCGUGGUUCUAAGUGGGACAGCAUCAAACCUCUGCUGAAGAUCCUACAGGAAUCUUUCCCUUCUUGUAUCCACGUCGCCCUCAUCAUAAAACCAGAUAACUUCUGGCAGAAGCAAAGGACCAACUUUGGUAGCUCAAAGUUUGAAUUUGAAACGGUGAUGGUCUCCUUAGAGGGCUUGACCAAGAUUGUGGACCCAUCCCAGCUGACAGCUGACUUUGAGGGCAGCUUAGAGUAUAACCACGAUGACUGGAUUGAGGUGCGAUUGUCAUUUGAGACCUUUGCCAGUGAUGCAGCACGGGCUUUGGCACGCCUCGAGGAACUCCAGGAAACUUUGUCCCAGCGUGAUCUCCCGCGGGACUUGGAAGGCGCGAGGCGGCUUAUGGAAGAGCAUGCUGCUUUGAAGAAAAGGGCCACAAAGGCAUCCAUAGAAGAGCUUGACACACAGGGACGAAGGCUCCUCCAAAGGCUACAGUCACAGACUACAGGAGGCGGGAGUAGUGUUGAAAGUGGCUAUGGUAACCGUGGAAUUGGAGCCAGCGGAGAUUCAAACGACCAUCAUCACAGGCUCCACGCUCAUGCUGAUGCACACAAUCUAGUGACGAAAGUGACGACGUUGUUGGAUAAACUGCAUGGCACAAGGCAGAAUCUGCAGCAGCUGUGGCACAUGAGGAAGCUGAAGCUGGAUCAGUGUUUCCAACUGCGGCUGUUUGAACAGGAUGCUGAGAAGAUGUUUGAUUGGAUUAUGCACAACAAGGGGCUUUUUCUCACUAGUUAUACGGAGAUUGGAGGGAAUCACCAGCAUGCUGUUGAGCUGCAGACGCAGCACAACCACUUUGCAAUGAACUGCAUGAAUGUGUAUGUGAACAUCAAUCGGAUCAUGUCAGUAGGAAAUCGGCUCCUUGAGUCGGGCCACUACGCUUCCCAGCAGAUCCAGCAGAUCUCAGGCCAGCUAGAACAAGAGUGGAAAGCAUUUGCUGCAGCGCUGGAUGAACGCAGCACCCUUCUGGAGAUGUCUGCCAGCUUCCACCAGAAAGCAGAUCAGUACAUGAGUAAAGUAGAGCCAUGGUGUAAGGCGUGCGGUGAAGGUGAGCUGCCCUCUGAACUCCAGGAUCUGGAAGAUACAAUCCAUCAUCACCAGGGACUAUAUGAGCACAUCACCACUGCAUACUCAGAGGUAAGCCAAGAUGGUAAGUCCUUGCUGGACAAAUUACAGCGUCCUUUGACCCCAGGAAGUGCCGAUUCAUUGAUGGCAUCAGCUAACUAUUCCAAGGCUGUACACCAUGUCCUCGACAUCAUCCAUGAGGUUCUGCAUCACCAGAGACAACUAGAAAACAUCUGGCAGCAUCGCAAAGUCCGGCUGCACCAGCGCCUGCAGCUGUGUGUCUUUCAGCAGGAUGUACAGCAAGUGUUGGACUGGAUUGAAAACCAUGGUGAGGCCUUCCUCAGUAAACACACUGGUGUUGGAAAGUCUUUGCACAGAGCCAGAGCGCUGCAGAAGAGGCAUGAAGACUUUGAAGAGGUUGCACAGAAUACCUACACCAAUGCUGACAAGCUACUUGAAGCUGCAGAACAGCUGGCCCAAACAGGAGAGUGUGACCCGGAGGAAAUUUACCAGGCUGCCCACCAGCUAGAAGAUCGUAUCCAAGACUUUGUGCGACGUGUCGAGCAGCGUAAAGUUCUGCUGGACAUGUCUGUUGCCUUUCACACGCAUGUCAAAGAGCUGUGGACAUGGUUGGAGGAGCUUCAGAAGGAACUGCUGGAUGACGUGUACGCAGAGUCAGUAGAAGCAGUUCAAGAUCUGAUCAAGCGAUUCGGCCAGCAGCAGCAGACCACCCUGCAGGCAACAGUCAAUGUUAUCAAGGAGGGUGAGGAUCUCAUACAACAGCUCAGAGAUUCUGCAAUCUCAAGCAACAAGACCCCCCACAACAGCUCCAUGGCUCACAUCGAGAGCGUGCUUCAGCAGCUGGAUGAAGCCCAGGGCCAGAUGGAGGAGCUAUUCCAGGAGAGGAAGAUCAAGCUGGAGCUCUUCCUUCAGCUUCGUAUCUUUGAGAGGGAUGCCAUAGAUAUCAUCUCAGACCUGGAGUCGUGGAAUGAGGAGCUGUCCCAGCAGAUGAAUGACUUUGAUACAGAGGACCUGACCCUGGCUGAGCAGAGGCUUCAGCAUCAUGCAGACAAAGCGCUCACCAUGAACAACCUCACCUUUGAUGUCAUCCACCAGGGACAAGAGCUGCUGCAGUACGUCACAGAGGUCCAAGCAUCUGGUGUGGAGCUGCUAUGCGACAGAGAUGUGGACAUGGCCACACGGGUUCAGGACCUGCUGGAGUUUCUUCAUGAGAAGCAGCAGGAGCUGGACCUGGCUGCAGAGCAGCACAGGAGACACUUGGAGCAGUGUGUCCAGUUAAGGCAUCUACAAGCUGAAGUUAAACAGGUUCUGGGUUGGAUCCGCAAUGGCGAGUCCAUGCUGAACGCUGGUCUUAUCACAGCCAGUUCAUUACAAGAAGCCGAACAGCUGCAGAAGGAACAUGAACAAUUUCAACAUGCAAUAGAGAAAACCCACCAGAGUGCACUUCAGGUACAGCAGAAAGCUGAGGCUCUCCUGCAAGCCAACCACUACGACAUGGACAUGAUCAGAGACUGUGCAGAAAAGGUGGCGGACCACUGGCAGCAGCUAAUGCUGAAGAUGGAGGACAGACUCAAACUGGUUAAUGCUUCUGUGGCCUUCUACAAAACCUCUGAACAGGUGUGCAGUGUGUUGGAAAGCCUUGAGCAGGAGUACAAGAGAGAAGAAGACUGGUGCGGUGGUGCGGAUAAAUUGGGCCCAAACAGCGAGACGGACCAUGUCACGCCCAUGAUCAGCAAACAUCUGGAGCAGAAAGAGGCCUUCCUAAAGGCCUGUACGUUAGCCAGACGUAAUGCCGAUGUCUUCUUGAAAUACCUGCACAGAAACAGUGUCAACAUGCCUGGCAUGUUGUCCCACGUCAAAGCUCCGGAGACUCAGGUCAAGAAUAUCUUGAAUGAGUUGCUGCAGAGAGAGAACAGAGUCCUCCACUUCUGGACCAUGAGGAAGCGGAGGCUGGACCAGUGCCAGCAAUAUGUGGUGUUUGAAAGAAGUGCCAAACAGGCCCUGGAGUGGAUCCAUGACACUGGGGAGUUUUACCUGUCCACUCAUACAUCCACUGGGUCUAGUAUUCACCACACACAGGAGCUGCUGAAAGAACACGAAGACUUUCAGAUCACAGCUAAGCAAACCAAAGAGCGGGUGAAGCUGUUGAUCCAGCUGGCAGAUGGGUUUUGUGACAAGGGCCACGCCCAUGCCCUGGAGAUAAAGAAAUGGGUGUCCUCGGUGGACAAACGGUACAGGGACUUCUCUCUCCGCAUGGACAAAUACCGUACCUGCUUGGAGACGGCGCUUGGCAUUUCUUCAGAUUCAAACAAGGCUAGCAAAGAGUUACAACUGGAUAUCAUCCCAGCCAGUGCUCCAGGGUCAGAGGUCAAGUUAAGAGAUGCUGCCCAUGAGCUCAAUGAGGAAAAAAGGAAAUCGGCACGGAGAAAAGAAUUUAUAAUGGCUGAGCUGAUUCAAACAGAGAAGGCCUACGUGAGAGAUCUACGAGAGUGUAUGGAUACCUACCUGUGGGAAAUGACCAGUGGUGUGGAGGAGAUUCCUCCUGGUAUUGUCAACAAGGAACACAUCAUCUUUGGGAACAUGCAGGACCUCUAUGAGUUUCAUCACAAUAUCUUCCUAAAGGAGUUGGAGAAGUAUGAGCAGCUUCCAGAGGAUGUUGGCCAUUGUUUUGUCACAUGGGCUGAUAAGUUUCAGAUGUAUGUGAACUACUGUAAGAACAAGCCAGACUCAACUCAGCUCAUCCUGGAACAUGCUGGACCCUACUUUGAUGAAAUCCAACAAAGACACCGUCUUGCCAACUCCAUCUCCUCUUACCUGAUCAAGCCAGUACAGAGAAUCACAAAGUACCAGCUGCUUCUCAAGGAGUUGUUGACAUGCUGUGAGGAGGGCAAAGGCGAGAUCAAGGAUGGUCUUGAAGUGAUGCUCAGUGUCCCCAAGAAAGCCAACGAUGCCAUGCACCUGUCGAUGCUGGAUGGGUUUGACGGAAACAUUGACUCCCAAGGAGAGCUGAUACUCCAGGAAUCCUUCCAGGUGUGGGAUCCUAAGACUUUGAUUCGAAAGGGCCGUGACAGACACCUCUUCCUCUUCGAAAUGUCCCUCGUCUUCAGCAAGGAAGUAAAAGACUCCAAUGGGCGAAGCAAAUACCUCUACAAGAGCAAGCUCUUUACCUCAGAGCUUGGGGUGACAGAACAUGUGGAGGGAGAUCCUUGUAAGUUUGCCCUCUGGGUGGGCAGGACCCCAACCUCAGACAACAAGAUUGUUCUAAAGGCUUCAAGUAUAGAGAACAAGCAGGACUGGAUCAAACACAUAAGGGAGGUCAUUCAGGAGCGAACUGUCCACCUGCGUGGAGCUCUGAAGGAGCCCAUCCACAUCCCUAAAGCCACUACAACUAAACACAAAGGCCGACGGGACGGAGAAGAGCUGGACAGCCAGGGAGAUGCCAGCAGCCAACCGGAUACUAUCUCUAUCGCCUCACGUACAUCCCAGAACACUCUAGACAGUGACAAGCUCUCCGGUGGCUGUGAGCUGACAGUGGUGAUCCAUGACUUUGUGGCCAGUAAUGGUGGCAGCAAUGGGGAGCUGACAGUGCGCCGAGGCCAGACUGUGGAGGUUCUGGAGCGACUCCACGACAAGCCAGACUGGUGCUUGGUCCGGACCACAGACCGAUCCCCUGCCCAGGAGGGCAUUGUGCCCUGCUCCAUGCUCUGUAUCGCUCACUCCCGGUCCUCCAUGGAGAUGGAGGGGCUUUUUAACCACAAAGACACCUUGUCUGUAUCCAGCAACGACGCCCUGCAGCCAGGCUCCAGCCAAACCUUAGGUCCACACAGUUCGCCGGGCCCCAAACGUCCUGGGAACACGUUAAGGAAGUGGCUGACGAGCCCCGUGCGGCGGCUCAGCUCCGGUAAAGCUGACGGCCAUGUCAAGAAGCUUGCACACAAGCACAAGAAGAACCGUGACGGCACAAGGAAGAACAUGGAUGCAAUCCCCGGGUCACAGAAGGACUCUGACGACAGCGCUGCCACACCACAGGAUGAGACCCUGGAAGAACGCAUGCGUAAUGAAGGGCUGAGUAGUGGUACCCUGUCCAAGUCUUCUUCAUCGGGCAUGCAGAGCUGUGGCGAGGAAGAAGGAGAGGAGGGGGCCGACGCUGUCCCUCUGCCGCCUCCGAUGGCCAUCCAGCAGCAUAGCCUACUGCAGCCGGACUCCCAGGAUGACAAGUCUGCGUCUCGCCUGUCCGCUCGUCCCAGUAGUUCAGAGACACCCAGUGCUGCUGAGCUGGUCAGUGCCAUCGAAGAGCUGGUGAAAAGCAAGAUGUCACUGGAGGACCGUCCCAGUUCUUUGUCAGUAGAGCACGGCGACAGCAGCUCACCCUCUCUCAAUCCCUCUGAUAACUCACUCCUCUCCUCCUCCUCACCCAUCGAUGAGGUGGAGGAGCGCAAAUCUGGCUUCCUCAAGAGAAGACAUUACGUUCUUCUGGAGCUGGUUGAGACAGAGAGAGACUAUGUCAGAGACUUGGGAUCAGUGGUGGAGGGAUACAUGAGCAGGAUGAAAGAGGAAGGUGUUCCAGAUGACAUGAGAGGAAAAGAUAAGAUAGUCUUUGGAAACAUCCAUCAGAUCUAUGACUGGCAUAAAGAUUUCUUCCUGGGAGAGCUUGAAAAGUGUUUGGAGGAUCCUGAAAGGCUGGCUCCUUUAUUUGUCAAACAGGAGCGGAGGUUUCAUAUGUACAUUGUGUACUGCCAGAACAAGCCUAAAUCUGAGCACAUUGUGUCAGAGUAUAUCGACACCUACUUUGAAGACCUUAAGCAGCGAUUGGGACACAGAUUGCAGAUCACUGACUUGCUAAUCAAACCAGUCCAACGCAUCAUGAAGUACCAGCUUCUAUUGAAGGAUCUUCUGAAAGUUUCUAAGAAAGCAGCAGUGGAUACGACAGAGCUGGAGAAAGCUGUGGAAGUGAUGUGUGUCGUCCCUAAACGCUGCAAUGACAUGAUGAAUGUUGGACGUCUUCAAGGCUUUGAUGGUAAAAUUGUUGCUCAGGGCAGAUUGCUCCUCCAAGACACUUUCAUGGUUUCAGACCAAGAUGGAGGCCUCCUGUCCAGGAUGAAGGAAAGAAGAGUGUUUCUAUUUGAGCAGAUAGUUAUAUUCAGUGAGCCCCUGGAUAAAAAGAAAGGUUUCUCUACUCCUGGCUACCUCUUCAAGAAUAGCAUCAAAGUGAGCUGGUUGGGUCUGGAAGAAAAUGCAGAUGACCCGUGCAAGUUCACACUGACCUCUAGAUCGUCUAGUGGUAAUGUAGAGAGGCACACCCUCCAUUCAGCCAGCCCUGGAGUCAGUCAAGUCUGGAUCCAUCAGGUCAGCCAGAUACUGGAGAACCAGCGUAACUUCCUCAAUGCUCUGACAUCACCUAUAGAGUACCAGAGGAACCAUGUGGGUGGUGGAGGGUCGACUGGACCACCCUGCAGCAGCAGUAGUAUCGGAGGCAGCAGUACCAAUAGCACCUCCAACAUGGGAGGAGGUGGUGGAGGAGGGGGCGGCGGCAGCAGUUCUGGUGGAUCAGGAGGCAACUCCUCCUCUCUGUGUGGCCCUCGCUCCCGGCCUUCCCGCAUCCCACAGCCAUCCUCACGCCUCCCCCAGCCUGUUCACCACCACCAUCCACCGGGCCCCGAGGGGCCCGACCGAUCAGCAGCAGAGUGAAAGCAGUAGCAGCAGCAGCGUGUCCACCAUGUUGGUGACCCAGGACUAUGUGGCAGUGAAGGAGGAUGAGAUCAGUGUGGUGCAG